AUGCCACGGCAAGGGGCAAGGAAGAAGCAGCGGCAGCGAGCUGCCAGUGGAAAGGCCUCGCAAGCAAGCGGCGAUGUACCGCCGGUGUCAGAAGGCAAGAAGACCUUGAAGCGGGCCGAGCGCGUCGGUCCAUCGGCAGACAUUGAGGCGGCCCUUACAGGCAGAGGCGAGCACUGCGACAAGCUCUUCGAGCUUGCCAGCCGCCCCGCAAUACGAGUUGCAGUGGGCGGAUCAUUUGUAGAGGUUGCCCAGGACCGAUCCACUCAGGAGCACAGCGGUGGAGUCGUGUGGGAAACAGCCUUCUUCCUCUUGCGCUAUUUGCAGCAAGCCAUCAUCCCAGGCAUGCGGCAAAGCGAACGACGACCACUUCGUGUUGUUGAGCUUGGAGCCGGAUGCGGUUUGCUUGGUCUCGGAUUGUCUCGUCUUGGAUGUGAGGUCAUCCUUACAGAGCAGCAUGUUGCCAUGGAAAACCUGGUGCGGAAUGUGGAGGCUGCGAACAAGAGCUUGCAAGGAGGUGACUUCGUGCCUGCGCAGGCUUUGGAACUCGAUUGGGGCAGCGAAGCGAACAUGACAGCCGUGAGGAGCAAAGGAUCCUUCGACCUGGUUGUUGGCUCGGACAUUGUCUUUGCCAGUCGACUUGUCCAGCCGCUCAUCCUGACGAUCCGAACACUUCUGAAGGGAUCCUCGCGUGCCACAUGCUGGCUGUGCCUGCAAAGGCGUGAUCCCGAUGCGCAUGCUCUGCUUUUGGUGGAGGCUGGGAAGUACUUCAGGGUCCAGGAGCACUCUUUCGCAGGCUGCGACGGUUUGGAAGCAGCUUGCGAGCUUGAGUACAUACUCUUGUGCUUGAAGCUCACAGGAGAGCAGGACAUGGACAUGGACCUGGAGCACCUGGAGCCUGUUGGAGGCGUUCCGAUGCCACCAGAAGCUUGGGAACUUCUGUCCAUAUGGUCAGAGGUCUGGGAUGCACCACGCUUCCGAGCGCAUGGCUUGGCUUCGGCUCGGCUGAGCAGGGAGGCUGUCAUGCCCUUGCUCAAGCUAGCCGCCUCGUGUGUGGCAGCAGUGCAGAGACACCUGCAGGGGAGCAGCGCAGCUUUGACGGUGCCGCUGCAUGGAGCCUCCAGGGAGCUCCUGGCUGCUUGUCAGCAACUGCUUGGCUUUGCGAUCGCAGAGACCGCAGCCUCUCAGAUGAGGCAACACGAGACCAAGCCAACAAGCCUCACGAUAAACAUUGCCAGAGCCGGACUGAUGACCCAUGCCAUGAAGCGCUCUGCAUCCCCUGCUGAUGCAGAGGAAGACUCUGCUGAUCGAAAAGCGCUUCGAAAAGCAUCUUCAUGGCAAACCUUCUCAAGCACUGAUCCUCUCUAUGCGCUUAUGGGUGAGGUACAGGAGAAAAGAAUUGUGUCAGAAGACGGGCAAGUUCAAAACGAACUGUUGAGUCGAUGCCUGACGAUUCUGGUUGUGGAGCAGGCUGCACAGAAACCCAAAGAUUGGAUCGAGUUUUGGGCUAAGAUGAAUGUUCCCGUGGAUAGCCAGUCGAGAGUUCUUACGGAGAUCAUUGCCUUCUGCCUCAACGAGCCCCCCGUGGGUGGCCUCGGUGCCGUCCUUGCCGAGCUCAUCAAGGGCCAUCGUGUGAAGACGCGGGCCGUGGAGGAGGCGGUCGAAACAGCGAUGGCCGGAGGUCAGGAUGCCAGAGGGGUGUUGCGGCAGAUGCUCUUUAGCAUCUAUCCCAAGAGCCCGGACUCCGAUUGGGGCUGGGCUCGCGUGGGAUGGAGCUGGCAGGAAUGGUGGAAAAUCGUCGAACGAACGAUUGGCGGUCUUGAGAAGCUGGCUGCCUUUGAUGAGUUGGGCUUGCUACUGGAGAGGUUGGCUAAGGCCGGGAUGCACUUGCAGGGCAUUUCUGCCAUGGGAGGGGUGGUGGGAGAGGUUCGCGAUUCUCUUUGCAGGUUUGCCGAGGUAACGGACACUGACUUGCAGGCAUGCCUCGCCGCAAGUCUCACGAGCGCGACAGUUGCUGCAGCCGAUGCAGAAUUCAAGGGGAAGGGCCUACCUGACCCGCGAAGGAACCCUGUGGAUUUUGUCCGCGAGCUGGUGCACGCGUCGUUUCUGACAGGAGAUGGUGAGUAUGCCGACGGGAUGUCCGAGGUGCGAAUCGAUGAGCUAAUGAAGACGUGCUGCGAAGCCCAGCUGGAGUUUGGAAAGUCACUGACGCGAGACCCCACUGUCGCCCUCGAGGCAGCCUACAGUAAGCUUCAGGAAGUUGUGCGGGAAGUCCUUGAAGCUCCGCCGGAGGAGGGUGACCUGACUGGCGUCGCCGGACGCUGGAUGCUGGUGGGACAACUGCGCCGGGUUGCGGAGGACGCGGCCCUCCUCGUUCGCACAAAGCGCGAGCAGUCGCAGAAUUGCGGCGAGAUCGAAGCGGAAGCAGAUGAGUCCACUGUGAGCCACACGGACCAGGAGAUGGACAGCGAGGAUGCUGUCGCUACCAAUGUGUUGUCCAUCUAA